UCUCGCACACAGUAUACCCUGAAGGCUACCCACACCCAGAUGCUGUCGCCCUGCACUCAGUGGUCCGCGCAAGUUCUUCAACGCACUCUUCCCGUUGUAUUGCACCGACGCAUGCCCUGGAACUUAGGUUGAGGUCUCCUCCCUUCAAGAUAUCCACCACACCCCACUGGAAUUCCCGAUGAUUCUUCAUUACAACGGAGGACUCAUCUACAAGUUCUGCAGAACAUCGGUGAACCAACCAAUAUCAAAGCAACAACUCCACACACUACUUAUUAAUCCCCUCUACACCCAGUGCCAGCACCUCAUCCACUACCCCCACUACCCCCACAUAUCGUCCACACUAGGUACAAUACCUUCCUACCCAACAGACCGCAGAGGAUCAGCCCUCACGGGUGGAACAUCAUCAAAGUACGAGCCCCGAAACUACCCAUGGACUGUACGUCGGGGCACUUCGUCAUACCUAGGCACUGGCAACUUUGCGUUGCUCAUUCCAUCAAGUCAACGCGGCAAGCGCCGCGCCACUCACCCUGUACUGGCUAUGACUCUAAGCAUUCAUGCCCAUAGAAUUAGGUCAGCCAACAAAUGUGGCUUGGAGCGUGAGAAAAUCAAGCUAAGCACAGGAAGAAAAACUUGAGUAUAGAGAAAUGAAAGUAACGGGAACAGGAGAACUAACGAUGUAACUUCUGAUUACUGAACAGCCCAACUCGUGCAAAUGGGUCUGGAUAUUCUGAAUGCCGCCGGAGUGCUACAUAUUUGACUCUCGGUGGCGAGUAACCUGGGUAAUCCUGCCCCGUCAAGGUUGAUAUGUGUAACGCAUAGGUCCACAUGUAGUGGGACU